AUGUUCGCUGCCGCCACAUCUUUCUUUGCCCGGACUGCUAUAUCACAAUCGUAUAAUAUAGGAGGACCCUCCACUGGCAGCAGAUCCUCGACCCCAGGCCCUAGCAGUGUAUCUCCCUCGACACCCGCAGCCUUUUCACCGCCCAUUACUGUCGGUUUAUGGAAGGUUCAGUCGGCCUCCCACAAGGUCACGAACAAACGUGUUUCUGUAUGGAGCUUUGAUAAGCGGGGACCGGAGAUGGAGAGGCUAUCGCCCAGUGCCAAAGACCGUACGCUAGAGGUCUUGAAAGCUGAGGCAUCGGCCCUCGGACGUCUUCGGCACCCUUCCAUUCUAGAAAUGGUGGAACCACUGGAAGAAACCCGCAGCGAAAUCAUCUUCGCGACUGAACCCAUCCUCUCGUCUCUCGAUUUAUCUAUUCCAGGGUCACAGCGGUACUCCCCCCUCGUAGAGUUGGAUGAAGUCGAAAUACAGAAGGGUAUUCUUCAAAUAUGCAAAGGUCUCGCCUUCAUCCACACCUCUGCGCAGCUAAUACACUCCAAUAUCUGUCCGGAGAGUAUAGUGAUCAAUAAUGCCGGAGAUUGGAAACUAGCUGGCCUGGGGCUGACUAUAGCACUGAUCGGACCUGGAGGAUCACCAGCGCGAUGGGAGUUUCCAACUUUCGACGGGAGAGUUCCACCUUACAUCCAACGCAGUUUCGAUUAUAUGGCACCCGAAUACGCGCUGGACGAAGCGUUGCUCACAGCGUCUGACAUGUACAGUCUUGGGUGCCUCAUCUAUGCGGUACACUGCAAAGGAAACCCCCCGUUUAAGAACCAUGGCAGUCUAGGUGGCUUACGAGACAACGCCGGUCGUUCCAUCCCUGGCAUGGAGGGACUGGACACCGAUCUGCAAGAACUCCUGCGCUCGAUGAUUACUCGACAUGCAACGAGCCGUCCAAGCCCUAGCACCCUCCCGUCCCACGCAUUCUUCUCCUCCCUCCCGAUCUCCACUUUGAACUUCCUAGACCGCUCCAACUUCACCGCCAAAACGCGCGAAGAAAAGAUAUCUUUCAUGAAGGGUCUGACCAGUGUUUUAGACAGAUUCUCAGAAGGCCUCAAGUCUAGGAAGAUAUUACCCUCUCUUCUGGAAGAAAUGAAAGACACUCACCUACUUCCAUAUAUUCUUCCCAACGUCUUCGCCAUUUCUAACGCCCUCACCCCAUCGCAAUUCGCGACCACGGUGCUACCCAGCUUGAAGCCGCUGUUUGCGAUCAAGGAGCCUCCGCAGAAUAUGCUAACACUCUUAGACAACCUUUCAAUGCUCCAGGGUAAGACCGACAAGGUGGUCUUCCGAGAACAGGUACUCCCCCUGGUGUAUAAUGCCCUUGAAUCAGAGCAUGCGGUAGUUCAAGAACGCGCAUUGAAGGCAGUACCAGACCUAUGCGAGAGCAUCGACUACGCCGAGGUUCAAGGGACGCUUUUCCCCCGAGUUGCCUAUGUUUUCUCAAAGACUAGGGUGUUGAGUGUUAAAGUCGCGACGUUGACGACCUUUUUGACGAUGGUGAAGACACUGGACCAAUCCAGCCUCACGCAAAAGCUAGUACCGCUCCUGUCCAAGAUUAGGACGAAAGAGCCCGCUGUCAUGAUGGCUACCCUCUCCGUGCAAGAAGCCAUGGGUUUCAAAGUCGACCGUGAAGCUGUCGCAACCCUCGUCUUACCCCAGCUUUGGUCAAUGUCAAUGGGACCACUACUAAAUCUAGAUCAAUUCCAGCGAUUUAUGGGAGUGAUUAAGAAGCUAGGCGAGCGAGUGGAGAAAGAGCAUAAUCAAUUCCUGAGGGACUCGCAGCGGCUAGAAGACAGGUCGUCACUUAACACCAACGGAAACGCAAAUGGAGUCCAAAGCUUCGCUGGGUCGGUGGACUUUGAACACCUUGUCGGCGGAGGUAAUGGUAUACCAGCAAAAUCAACAAACCAAACAAAUAGUUCCUGGGAAGACGACGUUUGGGGGAGUAUCUUCAGUGAUGAUGCUUCUAAGGUUCAGACCUCCGUUGCCGCAAAUUCGGCGCCAGCAUCUCCUAGAGCCAACACUACGAAUUCCCCAUCACCCUCGCCUUCUUUCGUUCCAACCAGGGCGUCGAAGCUUGGAGCCAAACAGAUAUCAGCCUCUUCGUUUAACAACGGCUUCUCUUCCCAAACCCAGUCACGUCCAUCGGUAUCUACAACGACUACGACACCCUUGCAGCCCCGUCAUACCGGUACAUCCUCGCAGACUUCUUGGCCUUCCAUGCAACCGAUGCAACCAAACAAUACUGGAAGCCUCUCCAGCACGAUACCAACACAUGCCCAAGUAUCGAUGCCACCUCAGCGGCCUAAUUACAAUAUAGCGAUACCAGCUGCAGCUCCGAUCCCCGCGACUAUCCCGUUCAGUUCUGGAUCGCCACCACAGCGUCCGAAUUACAACCUCUCCCUGUCCAGUAUUACCCCUAUGGCCGCAAGCACGCCGCCACCGCCUUUAGGGUUCUCCGCUCCCCCCACACUGACACCAGUGCAAGCAACACCCCCUGUGAUGGGUGGUUUGCUGACACCGUCUCGUCCAGCACAAACAUCCAUACCAUCACAAAAGCCCUCUAACAAUGAUUGGGGUGACUUCGACCCUCUCGCAUAG